UCCAGUAUAAAUAGUUCAUGCUCAGGCUGCAGCUUCCUCAGUCCCAUAGGGUUAUUUUUCUGCAGUAUUUGUCAGCAACCGAUCCUUUGGUUAUGGCUCGUGUCCUACAGGAUGUGUUGGAUCCCUUUACACCAACCAUUCCACUAAGAAUAACAUACAACAAUAGUCUAGUUCUGGCAGGUGCUGAGCUAAAGCCAUCUGCGAUUAUAAGUAAACCACGAGUCGAUAUCGGUGGCAAUGACAUGAGGACUUUCUACAGCCUGGUACUUAUUGACCCAGACGCCCCAAGUCCAAGCCAUCCAACACUAAGGGAGUACUUGCACUGGAUGGUGACAGAUAUUCCUGAAACAACUAGUGUCAACUUCGAUAAGGAUGCAUCAAUACAUGAAAUCAGCAACCAUAAACUGAAUGUUAGAGCAACUUGUUAG